AUGUACUCCCCACGCAUCGGCGACUCGCUAGCCACUCUCGACACCCCUUCCAUGAUCGUCGACCUAGACCUGAUGGAAGCCAACAUCCAGAAACUCUUCGACCGUCUCCUCCCCACCGGCCUGAAUAUCCGCCCUCAUCUAAAAACAACCAAAAGCGCCACCCUCGCUCACAAACUCGCCGCCGCAGGAGCAAAAGGCUGCUGUGUUGCCAAGGUGUCGGAGGCGGAGGCCAUUGCGGGUGCGGGGUUCGACGAUAUCCUCAUCACAUGCGAGAUUAUCGGCGCACCCAAGGUGAAGAGGCUGGUUGAGUUGUUUCGAAGGCACAGGAAUAUUCGGAUCGUGGUGGAUAGUGAGGUGGGCGCGACGGCGAUUAAUGAUGCGCUGGCAGGGUCUGGGAUUGAGGAGCCUAUUGCUGUGUUGGUGGAUGUGGAUGUGGGAUUAAGUCGGACGGGUGUGAGGGCGGGGGAGCCGGCGCUGGCUCUGGCGAGGCAUGUUAGCACGCUGAAGCACCUGCGUUUAAUCGGAGUUCAGGGCUACGAGGGCCACGUACAGCACCUUCAUGAUCGAGAAGAUCGUCAGAGGGAAUGUCUCGCGUCAAUGAAGAUAUUAACCGACACGGCGGACGCAUUCCGUCACGCAGGCCAUGACAUCCAGGUCGUCACGGGAGGCGGCACGGGCACGGCUGAAUUCUGCGCUACAGUCCCUGGCAUGACGGAAUUGCAGCCUGGGUCGUUUAUCUUCAUGGACACGGACUACCGCAAUGCCGUGGGGACAUUCUACUCCAACAGCUUGACGUUGCUGGCUACCGUGAUUAGCAAGCAGGGUGAGCGGCAGGUUACCAUCGACACGGGGUUGAAGUCGUUGACGACAGAUAGUGGGUUGGCAGAGUGUAAGGACGAUAGGUACAAGCACAACAAUCUGGGAGAUGAACAUGGCUCGUUGAGCUGGGAGGAGGGAACUCCUGCCUUGGUGGUGGGGGACCGUGUCGAGAUGAUUCCAAGCCAUAUCGACCCGACUGUCAACCUGCAUGACUUUUACUAUGCUUAUCGGAACGGGGUUAUUGAGGAGAUCUGGGCUGUGGAUUCAAGAGGAAAGGUUCAGUAG